AUGUAUACGACGCUGCCAUGGAUUGUUCUCUUUACGACUGUCCUGAUGGUUUUGCCCUUCCAUAUCAACACACGCAAGUAUGCGCUGGGUACCAACGCUUACUUUACUUUGACAAUCAUCAAUCCUGCUAAUCCUGCUAAUCCUUUAAAUCCUGGUCAACUGAAAGGAAUUGAUGAACAACUCUUUGCUACUAGCAACAUAUUGCGCAACUUGCAGGUGUAUGCGAUGGUAGGCGUUCUCGGCGCGUUUAUUUCGGUUGCUUCUAUGUGUGUUCCUUAUCCAAUAUUUGCCAUCAGUCGGCUACGUGAUAACUCUCAAAAAGCACCUUCCGAGCUAUUGGAAUUGCUGAAUCUUAUUGUUGAUCUAUACUGUUUGAAGAACAAUGAUGUUGGGAGUUUGAAAUUUUUCAAGCGCAGAUUAAAACAGAAGUUUGACGACGUUGAAGCACGACAUUGUCAUAUGAUGUCACUUUUAGACGAUGCGUGGUGGGAGCAGUGCUUUGGUCUACACUAUCCUCUUCAUUUUAAUUGGGUUAUGAGUCGAACGUAUAUUCGAUUCAUAGGGUCCCUUAUUGCUGAUCUUCGUACUCUCUGCUCUAGUCUACGGUUGGAUCAUAACAGUUCAGUUCAUGCAGUUUAUAUGAAUGUAUUAAUGCGAGAAAUUCGCAUUAUCCAGUCGCAUCUAAACGAUCUGAUUUCUGACAUUUCAAGCAAAGUCCAUGCUCUUUCUCCUCAUCUUGAGCUUCAGUCCUUGAACUUGCUCGAGAAUGAAAUGGAUAUGGUAUUGUGCAACUUUCAUCAGAUUCAAAAGCAGAUUUUGAAGGAGAAAUUGGUGACAUUUAAGGAUGUAGAAGGGAAUAUGCCACUGAGCUUUUUCCUUUUCUCUUUAAACUCAUUUUGCAGCACGCUUGUGAAUUUUCAGGAUGCAUACAACAGUCGAAAAUACGACGAUAGGCAUCGAGUACGGUCCUUUAUGAGAAAUUCACUGAAACAGUUUGUUAACCCGAAUUAUUAUCGCAAUCCUUUGGUGUGGAUAAAUGCCUUUAAAAUUACUGCCGCGAUAAUGCUGGGAGUAGCAUUUAGUGUGGGUGUCUACGGAUUUAGUGCAACCGUCCCAUCCACAAUUGCGUAUAUUAUGUGUGAAACUAUUGGCAGCUCGUUUCGGAAGACGGUGAAUCGUGUGGGUGGAGUUGUCGCUGGAAGCGUUGUCCCUUCAGUUUUAAAAUUUUUCUUAGUACAAAUGUGCGAUCCUAUCGCCUUGAGCAUUCUCCUAUCUAACAUGGUGAUGUUCAUCUGGGUUACAAUGUGUAUGUAUGUAUACUUUGGACAAGGGUAUGGAAGCUAUGGUGGUUUGGUGGCGGCAUUUGUUGCUUCGGAUACUCUACUACGUCAAACUGACAUUUGUUAUCCGAACGGAUCCGACAAUACAAACUCUAUUGCUGUUGCUUCUUAUUCCAGUCUCGCACAAACAUCAGUGGCUGUUGUCAUCUUUAUCUCUGUGGAGACUUUAAUUUUUCCGAGAAGCGCAGUAUCAAUGUUACGCUACAGUAUUGCCGAAUCACUCCACCUACAUCAAAAGGUUUUUGAUGUGAUUUUUAAAUAUCACCUUUCGAGCGUCAUGGAGAUGGAUGAAGUCACGGCAAUUGCUUGCCGAAGCGAUGAUUGA